UUUCUCCCUCGUCUGUUGAAGUCACGCCUCUUGAAGGAUGCGAUAAGAAAGCUGUCGAAGAACAUCAGCGUAUCGUCGUGUUGCAGAGGCUGGAUGGGGCAACAGAUCUGAUUUGUACGCUGCUCACCUCAACUAUGAGAUCACCAGCAAGUCAUAUCAGAGAGAUUGACACUGGGAAGAAAUCUUCAGACUUGAACCUGUUGUUUGUAGAACUAAUAACCCCUUAUUGCAAAAUUGAGAGAAUCAGAUUAAGCAGCUGAUAACAUUAUCUAAACCUUACCGGCAGCAUGGACAACACUGAAGAGCAACUCGAGAUGGAAAGUCUUCGUCAAUAUGCAUGCAAGAUGACUUGGAAUCCAAACACGGCUUCUUUAGAUGUGAGGUUGAAAGACGAGGCUUAUGCGGAACCCCGCAGAAAACAUAAACCAGCCCCACACCAUCCAGAGAGGUUUCAAGUUCCAGCCCAAAUCAUGAGUCGAGAGGGACUGAGCAGCCGUCAUUUCUUCCAGGUGGAGUGGUUCGGCAGGUGGGCUACUAUAGGAAUGGCCUAUAAACACAUCAGUAGAAAGGGAAGUGUAGAAGCCUGUACCAUUGGAUGUAAUGAAAACUCCUGGGGUAUUUUUGUGAGCACUCCCUAUCCCAUCUGUAAAGCUCUGCAUGGAGGGGUAGAGACAAAUCUGCCUGACUCCUCACCCUUCAGAGUUGGGGUCUAUUUGGACUGGCCAGCAGGAAUACUGUCCUUUUACAACACCACACACAACGAGGCCAAACUAAUCCACACUUUUCAUGAAAAGUUUACUAGUUCUCUCUUUCUGCUUGUCAGCAUUAGUGCUGGAAUUCAGGUGCUACCAGACAAUCCUCCUCCUGUCUGUUUUCAUGACCACGACCCCUGGGGUAUAAUGAUGGUCGAAGAGGCAUGCAAUGGCUGUAGGGAUUCAAAGAAGGAAUCAAAAGUGGUUCCUUCUAGAUCAUCUAGAUGUGUAAUUAUUUAAAUGUAGAAAUUAUUGUAUUUUCACAUGAAAAGCCAAAAUAUUAGAUAUCUAGUAAAAGAAGUAAACCUAAAUAAAACUACAAUUAAAUAGGCUAAUCAUAAUAAAUAUUUUUGCUUUAAUGUAGCCCAGUAACUAUAUUUCAUGUGAUUUUUUGCUGAACUGUAUUACAGCAGCAGAGAUUUCCAAGUAUCAUCAUAAUUAUAAUUUUUUAAUAAAUAUUAACAAGUAUAGUUUUAUAACAUCAGUAUUGUUGCCUUUGUUUAAAUCAGAUAAUCGUAGGCUAAGUGAGAUUCCAGUUAUAUAUUUUGACCACCAAACUAUAAAUGACCCUACAAAGCUUCAGAAUUUGGAGGGAAAAUCCAAAGUGUGCACAUACAGUAUGCAGUACACCUUGGGCUUAAAAGGUCUUGCUACUUUUAACCGCAAAUUGUGCUAAGCUAAUAUAUGUACAUGUAGGAUUACGCAGGCCACAACUAUUCUGAUUGGGCGCUUGUUCAUUUUCUGACGCUAGAGGGCGCCAAAUCCUUUUAAAAUCCCCGGACCUCAAGACAGGAAGUUUUCACCACGUUGGUCCUACAGACUAUGAAUAUUUAAGUGAGUUUUUCUUUAAAUUAGAAAAGUAAACACUAUUUAAAUAGCAAUUGAAGUCAAAAACAGCAAAAAAUUGGUACAAAAAUAGGUUUACAGAUAAGAAGGUAUAUUGCUCGUUUCUAAAACAAUGGUCUCAAACUCAAUUCCUGGAGGGCUGCAGCUCUGUCUGGUUUAGCUCCAACCACCUCCAACUCACACCUGCUUAAUACUCUCUAGUAGUCUUGAACACCUUGAUUAGUUGGAUCAGCUGUGUUUGAUUAGGGUUGGAGCAAAACUGUGCAGAGCUGCGGCCCUCCAGUAAUCGAGUUUCAGACCUAUGUUCUAGACUAAGUGAGAUUCCGGUCAUAUUUUGACCACCGAACUACAAAUGACCCUUCAAAGCUUCAGGAUUUAGAGGCAAACUCUAAAGUGUGCACAUACAGUGUGCAGUACAUUUUGAGCUUAAAAGGUCUUGCUAUUUUUGAGCGCAAAUUAUGCUAAGCUAAUAAAUUUACAUGUAGCAUGACGCAGGCCACGACAUUGCUGAUGGGGCGCCUGUUCAAUUUCUGACGCUAGAGGGCGCCAAAUCCAUAUGAAAAUCCCCGGAUCUCAAGACUGGGGAAGUUUUCACCACUUUGGUCCUACAGACUGAAUAUUUAAUAGAGUUUUUCUUUUAAUAGGAAAGUAACCACUAUUUAAAAGGCUAUUAAAGUCAUAACAGAGCAAAACUUUGGUAAAAAAAAUAGAUUUACACAUAAAAAGGUUUAUUGCUUGUUUCUAAAAGAAUGGUAUCAAACUCAAUUCCUGGAGGGCUGCAGCUCUGCAUAGUUUAGCUCCAACCACCUCCUGCUUAAUAGUCUCUAGUAGUCCUGAACACCUUGAUUAGUUGGAUCAGCUGUGUUUGAUUAGGGUUGGAGCAAAACUGUGCAGAGCUGCGGCCCUCCAGGAAUGGAGUUUGAGACCCAUGUUCUAAAAGAUGGCUCCAGUGCAGAGAAACAACAACAGUAAAGUUUAUUGUAAAUAAAGACAUGUGCCAUAUUAGUUUCUGCAAUUCAUGUCAGUUACAAGAGUGCUUUUAUGCAAAAGGUGAUUUUACAUACAUAAAAGUCAAGUAUAAAAAGGAAACAACAUUCUGAUGGACACUAAUUAAAAUAUUUAGAAUACAAUGAGCAAUCAUAGUAAAUUUAAUUAAUUAUAUAUUUUUAAUUAUUAAAUACUGACAAAUGGGUCAAAUUUGGCUGAUUAAGGGUGAUUGUUAAAUAAAGAUUUAAAAUUACACUCAAGUAUUACUUUGGAUCUGCACUACAUAAAUAGUCUUUUAAAAUGUUAUCAAAUACACAAGUAUAUGAACCAUUGGUACUGUAUAUCAUUUUAGUGGAUGACUAAUGAUCUGUUAAUCCUGUUCAAAUAUACAAUAGCUCAUAUUUUAAAUAUAAAUAAAAUAAACAGGACAAAUUCUAAUAUCUAGAAGAUAUAAACUAAUAUAUUAAGUGCAUUCAAUUGUUCAAUUAUUGUAUUACAAAUCAUAGAUUACAUAUUGCUGUAUAACGAAUUACCAAACUAAAACACAAACCCUGUUUAAAUUCAUUUAAUAAAAGAAACACUGUUGAUGUGUUGGCGGUUUCUAAAAGAAUGGGUCUUCCUCCUCAAGAGAAUUCAGUUUUGCUUAUGCUUAUUUCUCACUGAAGAAAUGUAAUUAUAAUAGAUUAUCUCACUCAUUAUGGACAUCAGUGUGAGCAGCAGCAUUGCUCCACGACCAGCAGGGACACUAAAUUAACCUGCCUCACAUAUGACUGAGGUGUCAUCUAGGAGACUCUGGAGCUGAAGCUUGUUAUUUUAAGCCAUAGAAAUAUGGAUGCUCCCCUUGAGAUGUCUGCGUGUCGCCCACUAAGGAGGAAAUGUUAUACAGCACAUCAGUCAAAGCAAAGGCCAGCAGCUUCUCCUGGGGCUCGUUCUGCUGGACAGGCCAUCACAUCAAACACAAUCAUCCUAUUUACAAUUAUUUCUUCUUUUAUUAUUUGGCAACAAACUGCAUUAAAUUAUGGAAGAUUGUCCAAACUAUGAUUUAUUAUUAUUAUUAUUA